UUUUGAACGUGGACGGUACUUUUUAGAAUGACAGACUAUUUCAAUUUGCUUCCCUCUGAAAUAUCAGGACUUGUCCUCGGAUUUUUGCGAGAUAGCAAUUGCGUUAUCGCUGCUGGUGCUUUCCUUCGAGAAAACGUCCACUUAUCUGAAUUUCGUUAUCACUAUGCAUCAGUGAAUGAGAUACCUUUGUAUUUCAGAGAAUUAACUUUGCUGGAUAUUAUUCAUGACUAUAUUCAUAUUGUGAAUGAAGUUAUCCCUCAUUUAAAAAAGGCCAAUCUUCCAUGGCAACUGGGGAAUCUAAAUGCUUCCAUAGCACAAUUUUUGCAGUCAUUUCCUGAAACUUGUUCAUCAAAUUUACGACCGAAAUCAUUUCGUCCUAUUCAUCCUGUUUGGAUGCCCUUAGGAAAAUCCUAUGUACCGCCUAAAAUAAUACCUGCUGGUAAAUCCACUACAGUUCGACCUCCGCUUGCUACCGUGAAACCAAAUGUAACAAUAGCUUCAUUACCUAAUAUAAUAAGUUCGAAUUCAACCAGUGGGAUAGGUGCUGGUACUGUAUGUUCACUAGACAAUAAUUCAACUGGUUCAAGAGCCAGUCGACCAGUGUUACGAAUAUACAGACAACCAUUAGCAGCUAACAAAACAAAUGUAUUCAAUUUUGAUAUGUGUAGCAGUAGCUUCCCAAAUCCCUCAUCUCAUCAAGCAUCACAGUCUAACAUAGUUGCGUCAAAAUCUAAUGCUAAUCCUAUGCAAUCUAUGGUUCGCUUACAAAACAAAACAAAACGUGUAUCAGAGACAUUACCUACUACUACUACUGUUACUAGUAACGGUAAUAGUGAUGUUCUAUCCCUGUCAACAUCUUGUAAUUCUGUAAUAUUUCAUCAAUCGCCUAUAUCUAUAACAACAUCAUCAGAAGGAACGAUGAAUGAUGCCACUGUUCAAUCUAUAGGUGUGAUCAACCAAAACGAAAAUAUUACUUCACAACAAAUAUGUCUUAAUGCUCAGUCAAAUGAUAUAAGCGAUCAUCAACAGAUUUCUGAUAAUAGUUCCAUAUUUUCGGUGUUUUCAUUGCUACCUCCGCCGGCAUCAUCAGAGACGUUAGUUACAGAUAUGGUGAUUUAUCCUGUAAUAACAUGUGAAGAUAAUCUGAAUGAUGCAAAAAGUACUGAUCUUGUUUCAACUAGGCGAAAACGAAACCAACCACCACGUCAGUUAUCACCUGGAUCUGGCGUCGGAAGUACAAUAUUUAGUUUAACUAACAGUUAUGAAGAAGAAUUAGAUAUGGAGCGUUUCUUAUCUGCAUUGUUUAAUAAUGCUGAACAAGUAGCUACACGCAUUAAUGCUGAAGUUGGCAUUUUAACACGUAAUCCAUUAUCAUAUAAUGAUAAUGAUAAUCGUUGUAAUUGGCCUGAAACUGCUAAUACUUAUGAGAUUGUUUCUAUUCAUCCAUCUAAUAAUAAUGACAAUAGUAAAAUAGUGAAUUGUUCAUUGGAUAAUAGUCAAUCUCAACCACUCACAACAAAUAUUUCUUCAUCAUCAUCAUUAUCAUCUACCGGUGUAAAAUUAUCCACAUCAUUUGUUUGUCAAGAUUUUAAUUCAGAUACUUCAGAUAAUAUGCAAUUAUGGAGUGAUUGGUUUGGUAUAAAGGGUGAUUUAGACACAUGUAUUGAUCAUUUGUUAUCAGAUCUUGAAUCUAUCGACGUUUUCACGUCCACAGUCGAUACCACAACUGUCUCUAAUACUACUUCAACUGUGAGUUCUACGAUUCCCAACCAAAAUGUUAAUAAUACAACAAUAAUUGAAGCACUAAUCGAUAUUGAUCAAUGUUCGCAUCAAUCGUCUGUUAUAACAACAUCAUCAAAUGAUAUUAUUACCUCAGGUCCUAGCAAUGUAUCUCACGAAUUGAUAUCGUCUCCUUCCUCAUCAUUAUCAGACUGUGUUAUUAAUGUCACCGUCAAUGAUAAAACACUAGCAAUGUCUAUUACUUCAGCGACAAUAACGAGUACUUCUGACUUAUUUCAUCCUAAUUCACCAAUAUUAUCUACACUAUUAUGUGACAAUACUGGGAACAAUAGUAACAAUGAUAAUGUUAAUAAUAAUAAUGAUAAUAAUGAGUCAUUUAUUAUUUCUAGCAUACCUGAUACUAACUUGAUGAUGAAGACUUCUAUAAUUUCUACUCCUGUUACAAUUACUACUUCUACGGUUACUAAUCAACAUCUUGUUCAUAAUGUCUGUAAGCGAUUGAUUACAUCAUUACCGUCAUCAUCUUCAUCACCAUUUUGUUUCAGUCAGUUGGUUAAUAAUAAUUCACAAAAUUUUCCAAGUAAACGUCAAUGUCUACGUCAUUCUGAUAAUGUAAAUAAUAUUAAUAAUAGUACUAUGAAUAUUAAUACUAAUAAUAAUUUACCACCAAUUUUAAUUACACCGGAUUCAAAGAAAAAUCAUGUCAAUGAACAUAAUGAUAAAUUAUUGUAUGAAAAUUUGCCAAGCUGUAAAUUGUUUAAAGGAAAUACUAAUAAAGAUUCAUUUCAACAUCAUUCAAAUGAUCAUCAUCUUCAGUCCACUUAUCUAUUAUCAUCACCUUCUUGUUAUUAUUCUAUUCCACAGAAUUCAAAUGCUCAAACUGUAAUUAGUAGUGCUACGAAUACAUGUAUGACAGCUUAUCUAUUAAAUAAUCCUUUAUCAAUUAUUGAUUUACGUCAAAUUGCACAGAAUAAUAAUAAUACUGGUAUAACUAUCACUAAUGAGAAUAAUUACAAUAAUCCAAUUACUUUUUAUACAACAAAUAACAAUCAUAAAUUAUUAUCAUCAACAAUUGAGAAUCAUGUUAAUUAUGUAGAUUUAAAUAAUAAUUCCUUGAUAAAUUUGAUACCUGUCAGUUAUAAUUCAAAUUUAACACCAUUUAUUAUGAAUAAUACAUUAAUUAAUACAACAUUAUCCACAAUAACAAUGACUACCGACAGCAAUAUGACUUCGAAAGCUUUUGUUAACCUUCCUUGUAAUACUGUUAGUACAUGUACUACUACUACUACUACUAGUAAUAAUAAUAAUAAUAAUAAUAAUAAUAAUAAUAACAACACAGGAUCGACUACUGAUGUUGUCACUGCUGCAGUUAUCACUACUGGUAUAAGUGGUGAUUAUAUACAAACUAUCAAAGUUGGUGAUAAUAAUAGUAAUAGGUGUUAUUCAAAGAGUUCAUUGUUAAUUGAUGCAAAAGAAAAUCAUCCACCAACACCGGCACUUAUUGUUCAACGUGGUGUACGAAAGAAGAUUUUAAAUUUGCAAUCAUUGGACAUUGAAAAAAUAAUAUCUCAGUCUCACUAAUUAAAACGCAUCACAACCUCUCGAAGGAAUCAAUCUCUCCUAGGCACAGAUGCCUUCAUAAACAACCUUGGGUUUCUUAUUGAAUGUAGCUGGUAAAAUCCAAUCAUAUCAAUUAAUCCUACUAAUUCAAUAAUAAUGAUAAUGAAUUGCUUUCGUAUGGUUUAUUCAAAGAACAACGCACUCACAUAUAGAUAUUGUCAUCAUAAUAUUAUGUAACAGUAUCAGUAGUAUUUGUGUAAACAUACAAUCUGAUUUGCAUUCCAAAACAUGCAUUUAUUUUUUUUAUAUUUAUCAAUUUGUUAUUUCCAAAGUUUUUUUUUCAUAUGUAAUUUAUUAUUCUUAUUCGUCUUCUUACUGUUAUUAUUAUUAUUAUUA